AUGGUUAAGUGGUUCAAGCCGCUCACCGGCUGGGUGAAGCUGAACGCUAAUGAGUCUUCCACGAGUAAUCCUAGUUUGGUUGGUGGCGAGGGCAUUUACAGAGGAGAUAAAGGGGACUUCAUCUUCGGCUACUACAUAGGCUAUGGGAUGGCGUUUAACACUAGGGCGGAAAUCCGGGCCAUUUACGACGGGCUCCACAUCUGCUUCACUAAGGGCUUAUACAACGUAGUUAUUGAAUCUGACUCCCAGCUGGUUAUUAAUUUCCUAUCAGGGACCUCUGUCUCUGGUUGGAAAUGGAAGUAUUAUCUGGAUAGGAUCAAACAUAUUUGCAUUAAUGGUCAGGUCAAGUUUGAUCACAUCCUCAGGGAAGGCAAUGGGUCGGUGGAUGGGAUGGCUCGAUUGGGCAGUGGCAGUCAAAAUUCAGCCCAGAUUGUCGUCAUGGCCAACCUUCCUAGCAUGGUCAAGGGUUCCUCUACUCGAUAA